GAGCCGCCUCCUGCCCAGCUGCUGGGACCCCCUCGGCGCUGGGCCCCCACACUCCUGGCAACCCAGCGAUGGCCACCUCGGGGACCCCCGCGCCCUCAACCCAGAGCCAGGCGGACAAGCCGGUGCUGGCAAUCCAAGUCCUGGGCACCAUCAAAUGGUUCAACGUCCGAAAUGGUAACGGAUUCGUCAACAGGAAUGGCACCAAGGAAGAUGCCUUUGUUCCCCAGACAGCCAUUAAAAGAAACAACCCCAGGGAGUUCCUGCGCAGCGUUGGAGACGGGGAGACUGUGGAGUGUGAUGUGGAAGGAGAGAAGGGUGCAGAAGCUGCUAAUGUAACUGGGCGGGGGGGGGGGGGGGGUAGCUGCUAUGCCCCCAAUCGACAUAGGUUCCGCCAAUUUAUCAUCCCCGGCCUCUCCCGGCUGCCCCACCGCCCACGGUGGCAGAGGCUCCAUCAGGUGCCACAGAACCGCGCAUCGAAGGGGAACGAGCUGAAGACACUGGGCAGAGGCCCAGACGACGGCGCCCACUGCCCUUCGUCUACCGACGGCGCUUUGUGCGAGGCCCAAGGCCCCCAACCAGCCGCUGCCUAUAGAGGGCGCUGA